AUGUCUUCCUACUACCAAAUCUUGGAAGAAGAUCCAUUUCCAUCGAAGUUCUCAAUAGUUCGAUUCUUCACGGAAUGCGUUCAUCACACUUGGCCGACUCAUCCUGCGGUCCUCCCGUGGAGUCCAAUAUUAGCUCAUGCCGAUAGAGAAAAGGCCUUGCGGUGUCUCGACAUCGACAUCGAGAAGAUGGAGGCAACCCUUACCCAAGUCAACAUUGCUAUGCAGCGCACCAUGCGCAAUGUGCGCCACCGUCGCAACUAUCAGACUGCAAUCAACAGGCUACCUGUCGAAGUCCUAUGUCAGAUCUUUUCCCAUGCAAAUGAAGGGCGUGUUCGAGCGAAGCUGAGCAUCUCCCACACUUGCGCUUUCUGGCGGGACGUUGCAAUCGACUAUCCCCAUAUGUGGACGUCAAUUGACUUGAAUAGCGUCUCUCGCCCCGAGUUCGUUCCAGAUAUUCUUGGACGUGCCAAAGGUCUGCCUCUUCAACUGCAAUACUACGACUGGGAACAACUCGACCAAGCCACAGUUGACCGGUGUGCAGAACUCAUGCACAAUACUGAACAGCUGAAGCUCCGGGUAGGGACGAAGUAUAUGCGACAUUCGGGCACAUGGUUGGCAGAUCAACCAGCUCCCAUCCUCCGAUGUUUGGAAAUAGCGAUGUCGGGUGGCAUCGCUAUCUUCCCUCGAUUAUUCGGAAACGAGAAGCCUUGUCUCAUGGAGCUCACACUGACAAAUUGUCGACUGGCCUGGUCUCCCAGGCUCUACGUCGGGCUAACCAAACUGAAGAUACGCAGUCACUAUGUGAUGCAAAGUUCCGACCCCAGCGACAGGGACAUCCGACAGGUCUUCAAGGAUAGUCCAAAUUUGGAGGAACUCGAACUCGUAAAUUGUGGUCCAGUACAUGAUUCAGAAGUGUCUGAAAUUCCAAAAGUCACACCUCUACCGCGACUGCGCAUCCUACGAUUACGCCUCCAUGUCUCCGACGUCAGUUUCAUUCUGAGUGCUAUAUCCCCCCCUUCGACCAUGCGCCUCUCUGUCCAAUGCGCCACUAGCGGGACGUUCCGCGAUCUAGUGGGUUCGAAUCACCUCCUCAAUUUUAGCGAGUUUCGUUCCCUCGAGAUAGAUGGCUCGACCUAUCGCAUAUUGGGCUUCACUGAUGUCGGAGGCAAAUAUCCGUCCUUCGACCUCUCGACGUACGGAUCACAUUCAUUUGGAGUCUUUGAUCGUUUUCUAUUCAGUCUAGGAAGUGUUUACCCCCUUCCCCUCUUACACCGACUCCGAGUCCACUCUCUGCACACCGAUCGCAUCGUCUGGCUACUCCAUAGUACACCUUCAAUCGUCCACCUAGAGCUGGUAUCCGAGGCGAUGGAAAUACUAUCCCUACUGUCACAUCAUUACGGAGAGUUGGACUCCCAAUUUGCCCAAUCCUUGUGUACUUUAGCCAUUGAAAGGGUGUAUCUGGAUGCGGAGACCUUGAUGGACAUCGCCGACAUGUUGCACUUCUCUCCCAAGCUCCGUGCUCUCUACUUGCAUAAAUGCACCUCAGAUCUUACUCCGGACGAAGUCGUCGAAUUUUUCCUUCAGGACGUUGCAACUGUGCAAUGGUCGAACGAACCUCUGGAUGGAUACGAUGUAGACGAUGAAUACGACGAAGAAUCCUACAUCAGCAGCAGCAUGAUGUAG